UCUUGCUCACUGCACAUCUAUUAAACAGUGCUAUAAAAACCGACAACAUGAACUAUGAAAGUUAUCAGUGCCAGCCCGUGAUGUCUAGGACUGACCAGUACAGGAAAGUCAUGAAGCCACUGCUGGAGCGCAAAAGACGCGCCAGGAUUAACCGUUGCCUGGACGAGCUCAAGGACUUGAUGGUUUCCGCAUUGGAAACGGAAGGCGAGAACGUACAGAAAUUGGAAAAGGCGGACAUCCUCGAACUAACCGUGCGUCACUUACACAAACUCCGCGGCCAACGGGACGUCAGCCAGCAAAGUGACAAGUUCAAAAUGGGAUACACACAGUGUGCUAAGGAAGUGUCCCGAUGUUUGUCCGCAAUUCCCGGCGUCGAUGUUCAUUUGGGAACGCAACUGAUGUCACAUCUCGGCUACAAGCUCAAGCAAAUGGACACAACACCCCUGACAGUGACAGUGCCUACUCCUCCACAUUCUCCGAUGGAGACCGGUCAUUAUCCUAUGCCUCUGACACCCGGUUCAUCCAGAGCUUCCUCCAAUGGAUCACCUGGACCUAUUGACGUUGUCAGCACCGAUGUUUGGAGGCCUUGGUAGACGGAGAAAUGAUAAUUUCACUUUGCUUUAAUCGAAAGCUUUAAUUACUGUUAGGGAUGUGAUAUUAUUGUGAUCCAUUAUUUUGUCUGUGAUAUUAACAAUAUAUUUUAUGCAUUUUAAUAAAAAUGUUUACAUGAA